AUGGUGCCUAAGCUCGACAUCAAGACGCCGACGCCGGCCGACAUCGACAUUGCUCAGUCGGUGACGCCGAUUCACAUCCGCGAGAUCGCUGACAAGCUCGGUCUGACUGAGGACGACUACGACCUGUACGGCAAGACCAAAGCCAAGGUGAACAUCGCGGUGGCGCAGAAGCUCGAGCGUCGCCCGAAUGGCAAGUACGUGUGCGUGGCGGGCAUCACGCCCACGCCCCUGGGCGAGGGCAAGUCGACGACCACCGUGGGCCUCUCCCAGGCUCUGGGCGCCCACCUGCAGAAGAACGUCGUCACGUGCGUCAGGCAGCCCUCGCAGGGGCCGACCUUCGGCAUCAAGGGCGGCGCCGCGGGCGGCGGCUACUCCCAAGUCAUCCCCAUGGAGGAGUUCAACCUGCACAUGACGGGCGACAUCCACGCGAUCACGGCCGCGAACAACCUCCUCGCCGCCGCCAUCGACACGCGCAUCUUCCACGAGAACUCCCAGUCGGACGCGGCGCUCCUGCGUCGCCUGUGUCCCGCGGGCAAGGACGGGUCGCAGAAGUUCGCGCCCGUGAUGCUCGAGCGCCUGAAGCGCCUCGGGAUCGACAAGACGGACCCCGCGGCGCUGACGGAGGAGGAGGUGCGGAAGUUCGUGCGCCUGGACAUCGACCCGGACACCAUCACGUGGCGCCGGGUGAUGGACAUCAACGACCGCUUCCUGCGCGUGGUGGAGAUCGGCAAGGGCCCGAACGAGAAGAACAUGACGCGCGACACCGGGUUCGACAUCUCCGUGGCGUCGGAGAUCAUGGCGGUGCUGGCGCUGGCGACGGACCUGCGCGACAUGCGCGCGCGUCUCGGCCGCAUGGUGGUGGCCUCGGACAAGGCGGGCGGCCCGGUCACGGCCGACGACCUCGGCGUGGGCGGCGCGCUCACGGUGCUGAUGAAGGACGCCAUCCACCCGACGCUGAUGCAGACGCUCGAGCAGACCCCCGUCCUGGUCCACGCGGGUCCGUUCGCGAACAUCGCGCACGGCAACUCGUCGAUCGUCGCCGACCAGGUUGCGCUGAAGCUGGUGGGUGAGGACGGGUACGUGGUGACGGAGGCCGGGUUCGGCGCGGACAUCGGGAUGGAGAAGUUCAUGAACAUCAAGUGCCGCUACUCGGGCCUGCGGCCGAGCGCCGUCGUCCUCGUGGCGACCGUGCGCGCGCUCAAGAUGCACGGCGGCGGGCCGCCGGUGGUCGCGGGGACGCCGCUCGCGCACGAGUACAAGGAGGAGAACGUCGAGCUGCUGACCAAGGGCUGCUGCAACCUCGCGCGCCACAUCAAGAACGUCCGCUCCUUCGGCGUCCCCGUCGUCGUCGCGAUCAACCGCUUCGCCACCGACACGGAGGCUGAGCUCUCGGCCGUGCGGCAGCAGGCGCUCGAGGCCGGCGCGACGGACGCCGUCAUCGCGGAGCACCACGGCAAGGGCGGCGCGGGCGCCGUCGACCUCGCGAACGCCGUGGUCAAGGCCUGCGAGACCCCCGCCAACUUCAAGUUCACGUACGCGCUCGAGUCCCCCGUGGUCGAGAAGAUCCGCACGAUCGCGCAGAACCUGUACGGCGCGGCGGACAUCGAGGUCUCGGAGCUCGCGGCCAAGCAGAUCGCCACGUACGAGCGGCAAGGCUUUGGCGGCCUGCCGAUCUGCAUGGCCAAGACGCAGUACUCGUUCAGCGACAAGCCGGAGGUCAAGGGCGCGCCGGAGGGCUUCAUUCUGCCCAUCCGCGAGGUCCGCGCGUCCGUGGGCGCCGGGUUCCUGUUCCCGCUCGUCGGAACGAUCUCGACCAUGCCGGGGCUGCCCACGCGGCCGUGCUUCUACGACAUCGACGUGGACCCGGACACGGGGCGCGUGCUCGGGCUGAUGUGA